AUGCUUGUUACAGAAGUCGAUGCGGUGACAUCACUGCUUGGGCUGAAGUCGUCUCGUCUAGUGGAAGCGCUCACACAACCAAGUAUACGCGUCGGCGACAAAGUGAUCAGGAAAAAUCAGAACAUGCAAAAGUCGGUCUUCUCCGCGGCCGCUUUGGCAAAGGUCCUGUACGAAAGACUGUUCAAAUGGCUUCUGAAGAAAUGUAACGAGGCUAUCAGUGCCAACACGAGCAUGUUGACGGAAUCCGUCAUGACGUCCUUCAUCGGAGUACUGGAUAUCGCUGGCUUUGAGAUUGUGCAGAAAAAUUCGUUCGAGCAAUUGUGCAUCAAUUAUACGAAUGAGAAACUGCAAGCGUUCUUCAAUCACUUCAUGUUCGUACGGGAACAAAGCGAGUAUAUGGAAGAGGGUAUUCAAUGGAUUCAAAGUGACUUCGCUCUUGAUCUUCAACCAACGAUCGAUAUCAUUGAAAAACCGCUUGGUUUGCUCUCGCUGUUGGAAGAGGAAUGCGUUGUG